AUGUUUCAUUCAACAAUUUGUUUGGCCCCAGGACUCAAGGAUUCCCAACACUGUAGGUACUCUGCGCACAUUGUGGAGACGAAUGAGACGGUGGCCAUCAAGAAGGUCUUUGUGGAUCGCCGCUACCGCAACAGGGAGCUCCAGGUUUGGAGGGAGAUGCAUCAUCCGAACAUUGUCACGCUGAAGCAUGCCUUCUACACCUCUGGCGACUUGGUAGAUGAGUUGUAUCUCAAUAUGGUUAUGGAAUAUGUGCCUGAGACGGUCUACUGCGUCAUGAAGCGAUUUGGUCGGCCCUCGCUGCUUCCCCAUAUUUUCAGAAUGUUUCUUUCAAUGUGCUCGCGCCGAUCGCAAGACGCUCUCAAGCUGUCACAGAUAGCUGAGACAUGCCUGCCUUGA